AGCAUUGUUCCCUGCAUCCAAUGCUCAAUAUUUUUGCUGCAAAAAAAAAAACCACAUAUACCUUAAACCAUGAGUAACAAUACCACAUUCACUGUUGUUUAUUCUGUUAUGCUGCUAGCUUUAAGCAUGGCAGCUAGUAUUAGCAUAUUUUUAGUUCCAUCAUCCGCAAAAUUAUCAUCAUCAUCAUCAUUUUCAUCUUCGGCAGAGGCAAAAGCUCUACUCAAUAGUGGUUGGUGGGGAAACUUUUCUAAAACAUAUCAUUGCAACUUGGAAGGCAUCGCUUGCAAUAGGGCAGGAAGAGUCAUUCGGAUAGAUGCUCGUUUCCUCCGCUAUCCCAAUCGAGAGUUUGCAAACAUGAAUUGGUCUUCCUUGCCGAAUCUUGAAUAUCUUGAUCUCAGCUACCGUGGCUUAACUGGGGGACUUCCGGUUCAAAUUGGUACUCUCUCCAAGCUGACCCACCUUGACCUUUCUCACAACUAUGGUCUUCAAGGUGUUCUGCCUCCUAUCGUGGGAAACCUCACCCAACUAGUCCACCUCGACUUAUCUGAGACUAAUAUCACAGGUCCACUCCCUUCGUCUAUUGGAAAUUUGAGUGCUCUGGCCUAUUUGUCUCUUUAUUCAAAUAAACUCAGUGGCUGCAUCCCUCCAGAAAUAGGUAACCUAAAGAAUUUGCGGUCGAUGGAUAUGGGUUUCAACAUCCUUAAUGGUUCAAUCCCCUCAUCUAUUUUCCAUUUAUCCAAUCUCACCGUUUUGUAUCUUGAUUCAAAUCAAUUCAAUCGUCCAAUUCCUUCAUCUAUUGGAAAUUUGAGUAGUCUGGCUUAUUUGUUUCUUAAGUCAAAUGAACUCAGCGGCUCCAUCCCUCCAGAAAUAGGGAACCCAAAGAAUUUGGUCUUGAUGGAUUUGAGUUUCAACAACCUUCGAGGUCCAAUCCCUUCAUCUAUUAGCGAUUUGUCUAAUUUGACCUAUUUGAAUCUCCAUUCAAAUCAACUCAAUGGUCCAAUUCCUCAAGAUAUUUAUAAUUUGUCUAGUCUGGCCAUGUUGCAUCUCUAUUCAAAUCAACUCAAGGGUCCUAUCCCUCGUGAAAUAGGUAAGCUAAAGAAUCUGGUUGUGUUGAAUUUGUCUUUCAACAACUUUCAUGGUCCCAUCCCUCCAUCUAUUGGAAAUUUAAGUGCUCUUACCUAUUUGUCUCUUCGGUCAAAUCAACUCAACGGUGGCAUCCCUCCAGCAAUAGGGAAUUUAAAGAGUUUGAUGGAGAUGGAUAUGAGUUCCAACAUCCUUAAUGGUUCAAUCCCUUCAUCUAUUGGCCAUUUAGUCAUUUUGACCUCUUUGUCUCUCCGUUCAAAUCAACUCUGCGGCUCAAUCCCUCCAGAAAUAGGCAAACUACGGAAUUUAGAGCUGAUGGAUAUGAGUUCCAACAUCCUUAGUGGUUCAAUCCCUUUAUCCAUUUGCCAGUUAUUUAGUUUGACCAAUUUGUAUCUCUAUUCAAAUCAACUCAACGGUGUCAUCCCUAAAGAAAUAGGCAAGUUAGAGAAUUUGGUUGUGUUGGAUGUAGGCCGUAACAACCUUCAUGGCCCAAUUCCUCGAGAAAUAGGGAAUUUGUCUAGUUUGUUUAAUUUGAAUUUCAGGAAUAACCUUCUCUCAGGUGAAAUCCCGUAUAGUAUUGAAACUUUGCUCAAUAGAAUUACAUACAAUCUUGUGAAGCAUCCGAAACUGAGGGGCCAUAAGGCCUUGAGAGAGAUCAGCGAGAUGGGUAGCCACAUAAUCAGUGAGUUCCCUGAAAACCUCUUCCCUAUCAGGGAUAAAUUCAAGAGAUAUGACCUUAUCCUCCACAAGGUCACGGAUGAAAUGAUGACGAAUAUCGAUAUGCUUAGUCCGAGAGUGUUGAACCGGAUUUUUGGAGAUAUUGAUCGCGCUAGUGUUAUCACAAAAGACCGUCAUGGUGCCUUGAGGGUGAUGAAGUUUGACUCUAGCGGAAGGUUCUUUGGUAGACAAAGGGACAAGAUCAUGUUGACCAAGUUCAUCAUCGUCUAUAGUUUCACUACCCUUCGGCUCACUAUCAUCUUCUACUCCAUCAUCUCUAUUUCCUACAACUUCCGUAGGAUCAUCAUCACUCUCCUCAUGAGAGUCUCCUUCUACAACGUCGUUCGGUGGAACCUAACGUUUCUAAACCUCUCAAAAAAUUUCCUUAGUGGGCUUAUACCAAGACAACUCGGAGGACUCCGACGUUUGAAGUAUUUGGAGUUGGGUGGAAAUGACUUAGUUGGAGCCAUUCCCAAUGAACUUGCAGAUUUGCCAAUAUUGGAGUACUUAGAUCUCUCCCAGAAUAAUCUCUCUGGAAAAAUCCCGUAUUGUCUUAGAUUUGUACCAACUCUCAAUUUGCCAUACAAUCGUCUCGACCGUCAAAUCCAAAAUAGAUCUGCAAAUGGGUGUUCAGAUGAGGUCUGCCGAAACGUCUUUGCUUCCUCCUAUUGUUCUUCCCCCGUGACAGGGAAGAGUAAAACAAAUAAAGGGAAUAGAAAAACAAUACUAAGUCUUGUCAUUUCUCUCCCAAUCAUAGUCUGCCUUGCUUUACUUGUGUUUGUUGUGCGCUUUUGUUUCCGUAAGACCCCAAAAAUCGAAGGUGAAGCAAAAUCAACGAAGCACGGGGAUAUCUUCUCCAUAUGGAAUUACGAUGGAAGUAUUGCAUAUGAAGACAUUAUCAAAGCAACAAAUGACUUCGACAUCAAAUAUUGCAUUGGAACAGGUGGAUAUGGCAGCGUCUACAGAGCUCAAUUGCCAAGCGGCAAAGUAGUUGCCCUGAAGAAACUUCAUCGGCUGGAAGCAGAGCACCCAGCUUUUGACCAUUGUUUCAGGAAUGAGAUCCAAAUGUUGACUAAUGUACGACACAGAAACAUCGUGAAGCUUUAUGGAUUUUGUUUGCACAACAAAUGCAUGUUCUUGGUGUACGAGUACAUGGAAAAAGGAAGCUUGUUUUGUGCUCUUAGAUUCGAUGCUGAAGGUUCUGAAAUUGGAUGGACCCAAAGGGUAAAAAUCGUUGAAGGAAUGGCACAUGCUUUAUCCUACUUGCAUCAUGAUUGCACUCCGCCAAUUGUUCAUCGAGACAUAUCCAGCAACAACAUUCUGUUGAAUUCUCAACUCGAGGCUUUUGUUGCCGAUUUUGGAACUGCAAGAUUGCUGAAUCCCGAUUCGUCGAACCAAACUGUAAUUGCUGGCACUUAUGGAUAUAUUGCACCAGAACUCGCCUAUACCAUGGUUGUGACGGAAAAGUGCGAUGUUUAUAGCUUUGGAGUUGUGGCACUAGAAACGAUCAUGGGGAUGCACCCUAGAGAGCUCCUAUCGUUCUUGACGUCACCUCCUAGCGAAAACGUGAUGAUAACUGAUAUCCUAGAUUCACGCCUUUCGCCUCCAACUAAUCCAAUAGUUGCGGCGGACAUCGUUCUAGUUGCUACAAUGGCAUUUGCAUGUUUAGAUCCUAAGCCCAAGUCCCGACCAUCGAUGUUACGCCUGUCUCAAGAGUUUCUUUCUUGUCGGAAGGCUCUAGCUGUACCCCUUCGUACAAUAUCAUUGCGGAAUCUGUGGAAUCGGAAAAUGGACUUUGUCCACCAAUCAAAUGAGCAAGUGAUCAGUGCCCAAGUUUGACCAAAACCGUAUCACAUCCUUUGCUGGCCCUUAGUUGUUAUGAUUAUGUGAAUUUCUUGUAAGAGAAGCUAUACGGACUAGACCAUUCUUGGUUUGUGUCAGUGAACCAAACACCUUAUGGUUUAUGGUUCAUGCUUUGUUGUAGGUGCGUUUUUAAAUGAUUGUUGAUUGAUCACCGUAGAGUGUGUUUUCUUAAUUAAGGGCGUGUGACACGGGUCCUUCUACAAGGACCGACAUGGUACCGAUCGAUUGUGGGUUCCAGUUUGGGGUCACACACAAUUGAUCCAAAUUAACCGUUGAUUAUUUUUUAAAUAUUUUUUAGUAUU